AUGUGUCCCCCAGGCAACGUUCGCCGUGGGGCCAAGGGCAUGUCCUGCCUCUAUGUGGAAUGGCUAUACCAGCUUGUCCACGGAGACCAGAUGAAGAUCUGCUUUGCUUGCUUCAAGGCAGCUUUCCAUAUUAAUAGAAUAUUGCUGGAGAUGAUUUCCUGGGAAGAGGAACCAAUGGAGGAUGAGUCUCAGGAACUCUCAGAGUCAGGAUUUAAGCCAGAGGAAGAAUCUCAGCCUGAAGAAGAAUCUCAACCGAAGGAAGAAUCUGGGCCAGAGGAGCGGUCAGGGACAAUCUGUGCCGAAGAUCAAGGGCAUCUAUCUGAUGCCAUCGGUGACCAUUCAAGUCCUGACUUUCCGAGUCCAGGCACUGUAGGGACAGAGCUGAAACCUGAGGAAGCUGUACCCCUGGACCCCGGCGCUGAGGGUGAUGAGUGGAUGCAGGCCCUUCGCUGGAGAUUAGGUUGCUUCUGUCCCUGCCCCCACCAGUGCAUCAUCCCCCCUCUGUCCUUCUGGGAUAUUUUCGAUGAGGACCCAUCUUCUGAGCAACCUGUAUUGUUGGAGCUGAGCCCCCUCUGGCCCAUGGAAAAGGUAGUAGAAACGUGGUUGGGAAAACUGGAUUACAACGUGGUGUUGUGUGGCUCUGGGACCGUCUGCUAUUUGCUGUCAAUGACUCCUUUAUGGACUGUGAGGACCCAGGUCAAUCGCUGGCAGGUGUUGCUGGACACUAAAGCCUUGUUGCGGGCCCACCUAGAGAUUGGACCUCAAAUACAGAACCUUGACCGCUGGAGACUUAGCAUCCUUGAGUGCUCAGGGCUAGGGUUAGAACUGGUGCCUGCUGACUGCACCUUGCAUAAGGGAGGCUUCAGACUGCACUCCUACCUGCCCUGGCAGAGUGACACCCCAGAGGAAUGGAGCAGGGAGCCAGGAGAGAGGCUGUUUGUCAAACGUAUUCAGAUUCUGAGGGACCUUUGA